CCGAAAUUUGCAAUCCAUCGGUCCUCUUGGUCGAGUUUUGACACUUGGAAAGGCCUGGCAGCCCAAUAUUUUCUGGCGCGCGCACACAAAAAUGGGUUCCCUAUCGCUUUCCCGGAAAACAAACGUGGCCUGUAUCUCCCCUCCCAUUUUCUUCCGAGGAUCCCUAUUCGGCCAUUUUCCCCCGGAAUUUGAGGGCUCCAAAUCUAUCGCUUCCCUUCCCUCGGAAUUUCAUUCUCCUUACGAUCUCGCCUUUUGACUUUGAAUCCCUGCCAAGUGGACAGCGAAGUCUCUUCGCAAGUCGCCGGAGAUUCAAAAUUUGUGUUGGUUUUCAGUGAGCCCCCGUCGCCCGUAAUACAACAACUACCGUUCCUUUUCUUUCCCCCCUCAUUUAUUCUGCCGGUGGAUCUAUCUGAUGGCGGAACGCGGAGCGCGGCGGCGGAUUAUGAGGACGAUGUCGGCGGUUCUGUUGAAUUUAUUGUUCGCGGUCGUGUUUGUCUCGGCGGACCGACGUUUGAGAUUCGAAGAAUCGGAAGAGCGGAGUGUUGCCUCUAGUUUUCUCGUUAAGGCAUCGGAUUUCGUGUGGCAAAAUGGUCGAACAGGUUAUCAGCGCGUCUGGCCUGAACUGGAAUUUGGAUGGCAAAUAGUGCUGGGCACAAUUGUUGGGUUCUUGGGAGCAGCAUUUGGGAGUGUGGGUGGUGUUGGCGGAGGUGGCAUUUUCGUUCCUAUGCUUAGCCUUAUUGUUGGGUUUGAUCCUAAAUCAUCAACUGCAAUCUCUAAAUGUAUGAUAAUGGGUUCAGCUGCAUCAACUGUGUACUAUAAUCUUAGGCUACGACAUCCUACACUUGACAUGCCAAUCAUUGAUUAUGAUUUGGCUCUACUGAUCCAGCCCAUGCUUAUGCUAGGAAUUAGUAUCGGUGUGACUUUUAAUGUCAUCUUCGCAGACUGGAUGGUUACUGUCCUGCUUAUUGUUCUGUUUAUAGGUACAUCAUCGAAAGCAUUCUUGAAGGGUGUUGAAACCUGGAAAAAGGAAACAGUAAUGAAGAAGGAGGCUGCUAGGAGUCUUGAGUCAACCAGUAAUGGUGGUGGGGAUAACGCAUACAGGCCUCUUCCAAGUGGCCCUCGAAAGGACGCCAAUGAAGCAGAGGUUUCAAUUGCAGAGAAUGUUUGUUGGAAGGAACUUGGGCUUCUUGUAUCCGUUUGGGUUGCAUUCCUCAUAUUGCAGAUUGCAAAGAAUAAUAUGGCUACUUGCUCAACAAACUACUGGGUAUUGAAUUUGUUACAGAUCCCAGUGUCACUUGGUGUCUCAGGCUACGAGGCUUUCAGCCUCUACAAAGGACACAGGGUGAUUGCAUCCAAGGGAGACCAAGGCACCAACUUGCAAGUUCACCAGCUUGUGACUUAUUGUGCUUGCGGUAUCCUGGCUGGAGUCGUAGGUGGACUUCUUGGACUCGGAGGAGGAUUCAUACUGGGUCCACUAUUUUUGGAGCUAGGAGUGCCUCCUCAGGUUUCAAGUGCCACUGCAACAUUUGCAAUGACUUUCUCCUCGUCUAUGUCCGUCGUAGAGUACCACCUCCUGCAUCGAUUUCCUGUUCCAUAUGCUGUCUACUUCUUUGCCGUAGCAACAGUAGCUGCAUUUGUGGGGCAGCAUGUUGUGAGAAAGUUGAUCAUCAUUCUAGGAAGGUCGUCUCUGAUCAUUUUCAUUCUAGCAUCCACCAUAUUCGUCAGUGCAAUCUCUCUAGGUGAGGUAUCUCGGUCCUGUAAUUUUACAUGGGGGAUGACUGAAUUUGGGUUCACUAACAAAUCAGUCCCUAAAAUUUUGUUUUUAACAAACUUGUCACUGAAGUUUUGAAUAUAACUAGCAUUUACAUUCACCUCGUCAAUCUCUAUUAAGUUUUUCGCGAAUAGUCUAUCGUGGCAUGUCAUGUAUUCAUGUCAACUAAAUUAAUAGUUGAAUUGGAUGUAGAAUUGUAGAUGCUAAUUAUGCUGCCUUAAACUGUCCAGUUUAACGCGAGUCUCUAUAGACUCACCCAAAACCAAUCAGUUAACUAAGCGGACUUAAUCCAAAUUUGAUCCAUAUUACCUGAAUCACUCUAAUAGGGGUUUCCGCCUACCAGAUAGCUAAUUAGAGAGCCUACAAGCCUGAAUAUGGACAAUUUGGACAUAAAGCCUAAUGGAGAUGGAUGAACUAUAGUGCUAUACUUCGAACUUCAGCUUUAUCUUGUUAUAUACAUCAACCUUUUAACACUCUUUUGCUUCUUUAUAUGCUAUUGCUGGUCAGGUGGUGUUGGCAUAUCCAACAUGAUUGGAAAAAUCGAACGACAAGAAUACAUGGGAUUUGAGAACCUAUGCAAAUACGAUUCUUAAAUUUCGUGUAAAGUGUUAAUCCUUGUACUCUAGUAGAAUCAAUAUCCGCCGCUACGUUGUGGGGCAUUUAGUCACAUUUGGCAUCUCUAAUAGCAGUAUAUUCAUAUGGAAAUAGUUAGAAAUUAUAUGUAGAAUGCAAGUAUCAUAUCAUUUGUUCAAAAGGUUUCUUGUUAUGUAAGAUUAACGACUAACUAAAUUACGAAUAAUUGUUUGGUUCAUAGAGUAAUUUUCUUGAUAUUUUUUACUAUUAAUGUAUUUUAUUUUACUAAGUUUUUCAAAAUAUAAGA